AUGGCCAAGAAGAGAAAGGCCCCGAGACCGACCGGCCCCGCCGAGCCUCGCGAGGUUGACGCCAAGGACGCCCGUCUUACCGUCAAGACCUACAAAGAUGUCGCCAACUCCGAAGACGAGUACUGGGAGGGACAGGAUCGCAUCGACUUUGACGACAGCGACGAUGGCAGGCAAUCCAAACGCCAGCGCAAGGACAAGGAGGAGGAGUUCCUAGAGGCUUCCGACGAGGAGGUUUUCGAAGAGGAGGAAUCCGACGAGGAGAGCGACCAUGAAGAUACCGUGCCCGCGAAGAGCAAGAAGGUUAAGACGACGGUUCUUUCCGACGAAGAGAUGGGCGGUGAAGAGGAGGAGGAAGGCGACGAAGGAUGGUGGGGUUCCUCCAGGAAGGACUACUACAAUGCCGACCAGAUCGAGACCGAGGCCGAUGCCUUGGAGGAAGAGGCUGAGGCAAAGAGGCUCCAGGCCAAGAAGCUGGCCAAGAUGUCCGAGGCCGAUUUCGCGUUCGACGAGAGCGAGUGGCUCGGAACCAAAGAAGAGGCCGAGGGGGAGGAGGACGUUAUCACCGAAAAGCUCAACGAGGUGGAGGUAACAGAGGACAUGGGGCCGGAGGAGAGGUACAAGCUUUUGCAAAGCCGAUAUCCCGAAUUCGACUACCUGGCGGAGGAGUUUAGGGAGCUACAACCGAUUCUCAUAACUCUCCAAAAGGAGGCCGAGGGCAAGCCUGCCAAGUCUCUGGAGAUGGUCAAGUUCUGGACUCUUGGGUGCUACAUCGCUUCGCUCGCCAGUUAUUUCGCCAUCCUCACUUCGCCAGCAAGAGACAGCCAAGGUGUCUCCAAGACGAUCAGCCCUACGGAACUCAGAGACCACGAGGUUAUGGGCACAUUAAUGAGCUGUCGCGAGGCCUGGCUUAAGGUCAAGGAGCUCAAGCCGCUCAAGGGCGUCUCCUCUACCAGCGGCAUGCUUUCGCCACCCGAAGACGAGGGCGAGUUCGACGACUUGUCCGACGACGAUAUGGAGGACUUCAAGAAGAUGCUCAAGAAGAGCAAGCGCGAAUCCAAGUCUGAGCUCAAGGCCAAGGCGAAGAAGGAGGCUGAGAAGGCCAAGAAGGCCAGGGCUGUCGAGCAGUCUCUUGCCGAUCUUUCCAACCUGCUCGAGACCACCAAGACGGCGGCCCAGGCCAGCAAGAAGUCUGCCAAGGUCGACAAGCGCGACGAUGAUGAGCGCUCCGACUUUGGUGAUGAGGAGAUCCUCGAGGCUCAUGUAGCCAAGGAGAAGGCUGCUCGCAAGAAGAGUCUUAAGUUCUACACCUCUCAGAUCGUGUCCAAGUCUGCCAAGCGUGCGGAUGCGGGUCGCAACGCCGGUGGUGAUGACGAUAUUCCUUACCGUGAGAGACUUAGAGACAGGCAAGCACGCCUCAACGCCGAGGCCGAGAAGCGCGGCAAGAAGGGCAGCAAGCACGGCGCCGCUUUGGGCGAAGGCGACAGCGACGACGAAGACAAGCAGGUUGCCAAGCAGGUGCGCGGCGAGGAGGACGAGUACUACGACAUGGUUGCGCACAACGCGGCCAAGAAGAAGGAGGACAAGGCGGCCAAGUACGAGGCUCUGGCGGCGGCCAAGGGCGCGCGAGUCGUGGAGGAAACAACGAUCGGCGCCGACGGCAAGCGCCAAAUCAACUACCAGAUUCAGAAGAACAAGGGCCUCACGCCGCAUCGCAAGAAGGAGAACCGCAACCCGCGUGUCAAGAAGAGGAUGAAGUAUGCGGAGAAGCAGAAGAAGCUCAAGAGCGUCAAGGCCGUGUACAAGGGCGGCGAGGGCAAGGGCGGAUACCAGGGAGAACUGUCGGGUAUCAAGAGCAACCUGGUCAAGAGUGUCAAGCUUUAG